AGGCAUCAGCGAGAAGUGCGUGGCUAUAUAAGCCGUGGCAGCGCCAACGUAAUCAAUCAGUGCUAAGAGUAAACUGCUAUAGUGUAGACGAGUUGUGAAAUAAAGAGUUGUUGAAUUAAAUUAAACAGUGUUGAUUUUAUUUGUCAAUCCAGAGAUACGAACCUAACAAAGUAAACUAGCAAGAGUAAAUUCGUAACAAUUGGUGUCAGAAGUGGGAUUGUCAAAUAAUCCAAAUUCAAGAUGGUUAAAUUCGGAGAAUUGAGAAUUCAGCAAUUAAAAAAGGAACUGGAGGAGCGUAAUUUGCCGAUAAGCGGGCAAAAGGCGGAUCUGCAGGCACGACUACGUGAAGCAAUGGAAGCGGAUGGAAUUAAUGUGGACGAGUUCGAAUUUGAUGGGCCAGGAACUUCUACAAAGGUAGAAGAAAAAUUAGAAGAACAACGAACAUCAUCAAGCGUAGACACUAACAUGCUAUUAGUGGCUAUUAGGCAAAUAGCAGAAAAUGCAGUGCAAACAGAAAAUCGUCUGGCACAGCAAAUAGCAGAAAAUGCAGUGCAUACAGAAAAUCGUCUAGCACAGCAAAUAGCUGAAAAUAUAUCACGAAUAACAGAAAAUGUAGUGCAAACAGAAAAUCGUCUGGCACAGCAAAUGACGCAAAUAGCUGAAAACACAUCACAGUUAGAGUCUCGCCUUACACAACAGAUUACAGAGAAUAAUACACAAGUGCAAGAGAAAUUUUCAAAAUUUGAAGACGAAUUAAGCACUUUAAAAAAUGGCGAAGAAAAUUUAAAAUCAGAAGUUCUGCAAUUAAGUAAUCGUGUGCGAGAACUGCAACUGCAUGGCCCUGCACCAUCAACAAAUAAUCAAAGAUUGAAGGCACCCACAUUCGAUGGAAGUAUUCCAUUUCAAAUUUUCAAACUUCAGUUUGAAAAGACAGCAACGGCCAAUAACUGGAAUGCAGCGGACAAAGUGGCGUCCUUGUUUGUUUCAUUGAAAGGACCGGCAGCAGAAAUCCUUCAGACUAUUCCAGACUGUGAACGGGACAACUAUGAGGCAUUGAUGAGUGCGAUAGAAAGACGAUAUGGUAGUGAGCACCGGAAACAAAUAUACCAGAUCGAACUGCAAAAUAGGGGUCAGAAAAUGAACGAGUCAUUGCAAGAGUUCGCAACUGAAAUAGAACGACUGGCUCAUUUGGCAAAUGCAGAUGCACCUGUGGAUUACAUUGAGAGGGUAAAAAUUCAAUGUUUCAUAAAUGGAAUUCGUGAUGUGGACACCAAACGCGCCACAUAUGCAUUGCCAAAAAGAACGUUUGCUGAAACGGUUUCGCACGCCCUCACACAGGAAACAGCUUCCCUACUAAGUAAACCAGCACACAAAGUACAAAGGGUUGAAAUGGAACAACCGGCGCUGAUGGAAGAAAUAUUGAAGACUCUGAAGACAAUUGCUCCACCGCGAAUAAAUACAACAGGCAGAUGUUUCAACUGUGGAAAAGCGGGUCACUUUGCCCGAAAUUGCAAUAUAAAAGUAAACCCAUCAAAACGGAAACAACCAACAGAUAACGAGGACGAAGCAUCCACAUCUCACAAGUCGUUAAACUAAAACGGAACAGUUCAAAGGGGCGUGAGCUGGUUC